AAAAUACCCGUGUUGAUUUAAAUUUAUUGCCUUAUGUUUACGAAUAAACAUUAGCAGGUUGCAACGCGUUGGAGAUGCACGUUAAUAUUUAAUAGUGAGUCACUCGUGCAGUUGGUUUUUGAAUUACUUCAGUUUUACACAGCUAUUUUGUUGAUAUGUAUAUAGUUGACAGUAUUUUUACGACAACAGAAACGCGCACCAAAGCCAAUUACUUUUGGUAACUAUUAAAGAUCAGCGUUAAAAAGUAGCAGUAUUUUUUUAAAGAGCGAAAAGGCUUAUUAGUAAGAUGCUGAUUUUAAUUGCUCGCCAAGUCAUAUAAAACGAGCGAAUUUUUGGAGUUUGCGAGAAACCAUUAAUCCAAAAUUGUGGUUUAAUGUAAUCUGUAUAGGACAUGAGAAAAAUCGACAGCAGCAAAUUCAUAGUAUCACACAAAAAAACGUCAUAUAUUUUGUUUUUUUAAAGUAAUGGGUAAUACUAGUACCUUUCUCCCACUCUACUUUAAUCACCUGUCGGGCAAAUAAGCGAUCAGAAAAAAAUAAACAGCUUGAAUCAACCUACUUCACGUUAGGAAACUUGCGAUGCGACUGUUUGCUGUCGCGUUGCUUGGGGUAGUUGUGACUGUUCUUGUUGCUGCAUUGUGUGUUGUUCUCAUACCCGUGAACAAAGACAGUAAUUCUCCACAACAAUCAUACCAGAUUACAACCGAAGGAAAACUAACGUGGUUUUUGGCUUCGAAGGAGGUGCUUGCAAUACAAUCGUCAAUUUUUCAGUUUACGAAAGGGGAAUUCGUAACGGCUACAAAUAGUUUGGGAUGUGAUGAAGUCGCCGCUGUUGUAAAAGAUGUAACAACAGAUGAUGAAGCAAUACAGUGCUAUGAAAUAUCUACCGAACGAGGUGGUUCAAAGAGUUGCAUGUCGAGUAAAGUCGAAGUCAAAGAUUGUCUCGUAAUGAACAUAACAAAUGAAGAUCACGUGUUUUGGUACGGUGGUGCUGAGAUGAUCACGCAGAAGUGGCCACUAAAUGAAAUCAACAUGAAAAGGGGGACGUCAUUUUUAUCAUCAGACCUACCCAAACGAUACGGCAACGUACUUGAACGCUAUUUUCUAUCUUCCAAAGGCGUUGCAGUUUACAUACACCAAGAUGUUCCACUUUAUGUCUCGAUCGACUUGAAUCAUGGAAUUUGUUUAGAGGCGAAUUAUGAUAAGUCAAGUCUCGUUGGACCUACUUUUCUCUACAACGACGGUCAUUCAACUAAGUUGUCUUACACUGUCUGUAUCGGAAAAGACCCCAAAACUGUUCAUCAGUUUAUGACACGUUUGAACGGUGGUUUCAUCGCUCGUCCAACGCAAUUGCCCGAUCUGAAAAUGAUGCAAGACCCGAUAUGGUCAACCUGGGCAAGAUACAAGUCGGACAUUAACCAGAGUGUAGUUGAAUCUUUCGUGAACGAAAUUCUUGAACAUAACUUUACGAACAGCCAAGUUGAAAUAGAUGAUGGUUACGAAGACGAAUAUGGAGAUUUUACAUUUGAUGUAAAGAAAUUUCCGGAUGCAAAGGCAAUGGUAUCCAAACUCCAUGACAAGGGGUUUCGGGUUACGACUUGGGUUACACCUUUUAUCAACCUAGCUUCGAGAAACUAUCGUACAGCUCGUUCAUCCGGCUACUUGAUUCCGGAGACUGAAGACGGUUCGCCCGCUGUGAUCCGUUGGUGGAAUGGGAGAGGCUCUGUUGUUGAUUUUACAAACCCCUCCGCGGCCAAGUGGUACAGCGACUAUCUGAGCAGCGUGAAGGCGGAAUACGGUCUCGAUUCGUUCAAGUUUGACGCCGGAGAGACGACCUACUUGCCUAAAUCUGGUCUUAAUUUUACAUAUCGACGGGACAGUAAUCCUAGUGAGUUCACGAAGAUGUAUACAAAGGCCGCUUACCAAGUUGGAGGAAAUAUGAUGGAGAUGAGAUCCUCUUGGAAGACACAAGGUUACAACUUCUACAUGAGGCUCAUGGACAAAGGUUCGAGUUGGGGAGGACUGCGGGGAUUUCUUACUGUAAUUCCAACAGCGCUUACGUUUAGCGUGCUGGGUUAUCCAUUUGUUUUGCCAGAUAUGAUCGGAGGUAAUGCGUAUGUGUUUGGUACAAACAAUGACAACAAGCCAAGUAGAGAACUUUACAUUCGGUGGAUUGAACUAAGCGCCUUUCUACCGUGCAUGCAGUUUUCCAUUUCACCAUGGCAAUACGAUGAAGAAGUGACAAAAAUCGCGCAGUAUUACGUCACGUUGCAUCGUACUGUGGUCUACGAGGAACUGGUUCGUGCAUCAAAUGCUUAUAUAAAAGGCGAAUCCACUCUGCUCGUUUCGCCUCUUUGGUUUUACGCAGAUAUUGGUGACGUUACAGCGUUGACGGUGGAUGACCAGUUUAUUGUGGGUGACAAGUUUUUGGUAGCACCAGUAUUGAUUCAGGGAGCUGUCAGUAGAAAUAUAUAUCUUCCUGGUUCUUCCCAACGGUGGUUGGAUAGAAUGAGACCUGAAUGUGAGGACAUCAGUAUUUCUGGCUGUCUAAUUACCGGUGGGCAAUGGAUUCUUUCAUAUUCUGUGCAGUUGCAUCAGAUUUCGUGGUGGGAAAGAAUUACAAAGUGAUUUUUGUACAACUGGCAUGAAUGACUCCAAUACACUAACG